AUGUCUUCACCUGUAAAUGACAAAAGAAUUGUGCAACAACUCAUUGUUCGUUUGUACAUACAUCAUAUACCAAAACACAGAAUCGAUUCCGAUGUCGAGAGAAUACAAAUGGACUUUAUUCUCGGAUUUGCCAGCGAGCAUUACAUUGAUGGAAAAGGCGACGGACGUUUCAACCCCACUUGGGAGGUUGAUCCUUCCAGUAUUGAACGGGUGAAAAAGUUUAAACAAGGUCAUCCAGAAGUGAGGGUGGUUAUCAGCAUUGGAGGUGUUGGCACUGAAUUUCCAUUCAAUCCAGUUGAAAAUUUGGUGUGGAUCGAUAAUGCUGCAAAAUCGAUCCAACACAUCAUCGAACUCUAUGACGAUGAUCAAAGCGAUCAAAAUAUAAUUGAUGGUAUUGAUAUUCAUUAUGAUGUGAUCAAUUCAAGUCAUGAUGAUUUUUCCUACUGUAUUGGACAAGUUAUAAGACAACUCAAACUUGAUAAACAUUUAGCAUUCAAAAUGGUAGUAUCUAUUGCUCCAACACAAGUGGUGGAAUCGUACUACCAUAUAUUGUAUUUGAACAACAAAGACAUUAUAGAUUUGGUUGACUACCAGUUCUAUAGUCAAAAAUUCUCUACAAAGGAAGAAAUCAUAGAGCUUUAUAAGAAACUAGUAGUUAAUUACACUCCAGCUCUUGUUCUACCAGGAAUUCCUGGUGACCCUAUAUUGAAUGAGACCAUCAAAUACCUCUUGGAACAAAAUGCAAUCCCUGGCGUCUUCUUUUGGGAUUCUGAAGACUCUAUCAAUGCUCCCAAGACUAUCUCUUUAGAACACCUGCUACAAAACAUCUGA